CGCGGAGGCGGGCCGGGCGGGACCGCAGCCGGAGCCGAGCCGGGACUGUCGCGCGGGCCGCGCCGGCGAUGCCGCGCCCCCGGGCCGGGCUGUAGCGGGGCCGGGGCGGAGUGCGCGCCGGGCAGGCCGGACAUGGAGGUGGUGGACGAGACGGAGGCGCUGCAGCGCUUUUUCGAAGGCCACGACAUCAAUGGUGCCCUGGAGCCCUCCAACAUCGACACCAGCAUCCUGGAGGAGUACAUCAGCAAGGAGGAUGCCUCUGACCUCUGCUUCCCUGACAUCUCUGCUCCAGCCAGUGCGGCCUCCUACCCCCACGGGCAGCCGGCCAUCCCGGGCUCCAGCGGGGGCCACCACCUGAGCCCCUCUGGGGGCGGACCCUCCCCGGGGCGCCACGGCCCCCUCCCCGCCCCGAGCUACAGCGCCCCCCUCAACUGCAACAACAACAAUGCCAUGGGCACUGCUCCCAAGCCCUUUCUGGGGGGCUCUGGGCCCCCCAUCAAGGCAGAGCCCAAGGCUCCCUAUGCCCCAGGCACACUGCCGGACUCUCCCCCAGACUCGGGCUCCGAGGCCUACUCCCCCCAGCAGGUGAAUGACCCCCAUCUCCUGCGCACCAUUACCCCUGAGUCCCUGUGCCACGUGGGAGUGCCCUCCCGCCUGGAGCACCCACCUCCACCUCCAGCCCACCUACCAGGCCCUCCGCCGCCCCCGCCACCCCCGCCUCACUACCCUGUCCUGCAGCGGGACCUGUACAUGAAGGCCGAGCCCCCGAUGCCCCCCUACGCUGCCAUGGGGCAGGGGCUGGUGCCCACGGAUCUCCACCACACACAGCAGUCCCAGAUGCUACACCAGCUGUUGAAUCAGCACGGAGCUGAGCUCCCCACACACCCCUCCAAGAAGAGGAAGCACUCCGAAUCACCUCCCAACACCCUUAAUGCCCAGAUGCUGAAUGGAAUGAUCAAACAGGAGCCCGGGACCGCGACGACCCUGCCCCCGCACCCAGCUCGAGCCCCUUCCCCACCCUGGGCUCCCCAGGGCCCACUCUCCCCCGGCCCCGGCUCCUUGCCCCUCAGCAUCGCCCGGGUCCAGACGCCACCUUGGCACCCACCGGGUGCACCCUCACCAGGUCUCCUGCAGGACAAUGAUAGCCUUAGUGGCUCCUACCUGGAUCCCAACUACCAAUCCAUCAAGUGGCAACCACAUCAGCAGAACAAGUGGGCAACGCUGUACGACGCAAACUACAAGGAGCUGCCCAUGCCCACCUACCGCGUGGACGCUGACAAGGGCUUCAACUUUUCGGUGGGCGAUGACGCCUUCGUGUGCCAGAAGAAGAACCACUUUCAGGUGACAGUCUACAUCGGCAUGCUGGGGGAGCCCAAGUACGUCAAGACGCCCGAAGGCCUCAGGCCCCUUGACUGCUUCUACCUGAAACUGCACGGAGUGAAGCUGGAGGCCCUGAACCAGUCCAUCAACAUUGAGCAGUCACAGUCCGACCGAAGCAAGCGGCCCUUUAACCCUGUCACGGUCAAUCUGCCUCCUGAGCAGGUCACGAAGGUGACUGUGGGGCGCUUGCACUUCAGCGAGACCACCGCCAACAACAUGCGGAAGAAGGGCAAACCUAACCCUGACCAGAGGUACUUCAUGCUGGUGGUGGCGCUCCAGGCCCAUGCACAGAACCAGAACUACACGCUGGCUGCCCAGAUCUCAGAGCGCAUCAUCGUGAGGGCCUCCAACCCAGGCCAGUUUGAGAGUGACAGCGACGUGCUGUGGCAGCGGGCGCAGGUGCCCGACACUGUCUUCCACCAUGGCCGCGUGGGCAUCAACACGGACCGACCCGACGAGGCGUUGGUCGUGCACGGCAAUGUCAAGGUCAUGGGCUCGCUCAUGCACCCCUCCGACCUGCGGGCCAAGGAGCACGUGCAGGAGGUGGACACCACGGAGCAGCUGAAGAGGAUCUCGCGCAUGCGGCUGGUGCACUACAGAUACAAGCCUGAGUUUGCAGCCACCGCAGGCAUCGAGGCCACGGCGCCAGAGACGGGUGUCAUCGCCCAGGAGGUGAAGGAGAUCCUGCCUGAGGCCGUGAAGGACACUGGAGACGUGGUCUUUGCCAAUGGGAAAACCAUAGAGAACUUCUUGGUGGUGAACAAGGAGCGCAUCUUCAUGGAGAACGUGGGUGCCGUGAAGGAGCUGUGCAAGCUGACGGACAACCUGGAGACGCGCAUUGACGAGCUGGAGCGCUGGAGCCACAAGCUGGCCAAACUGCGGCGGCUGGACAGCCUCAAGUCCACUGGCAGCUCGGGUGCCUUCAGCCAUGCAGGGAGCCAGUUCAGCCGGGCGGGCAGCGUCCCCCACAAGAAGAGGCCCCCCAAGGUGGCCAGCAAGUCGUCAUCUGUGGUCCCAGACCAGGCCUGCAUCAGCCAGCGCUUCCUGCAGGGAACCAUCAUUGCCCUGGUGGUGGUCAUGGCCUUCAGCGUGGUGUCCAUGUCUACACUGUAUGUGCUGAGCCUGCGCACCGAGGAGGACCUGGUGGAAACCGAUGGCUCUUUUGCUGUGUCCACUUCCUGUCUUCUGGCCCUGCUCCGGCCCCAGCACCCUGGGGGGAGUGAGGCCAGGUGCCCAUGCAGGUCCAGCCAGAGCUUUGGGACCACUCAGCUCCGACAGUCCCCUGUGACCACCGGGCUGCCAGGCACACGGCCCUCUUUGCUGCUGGUUACCACCGGCCUGAGCAGCUCAGCCCCAGGUCCUGUCAUCCCCACUUUGGACCUGUGCUCCAGCCGCCCUUGUCCAGUCAUCUGCUGUUCCUCCUCCACCCCCAGCCCUACCCCUGCCCCUAGUCUUGGCUCCAGCUUUAACCCUGGCCGUGGCCUCAGCCCCAGUCCCAGCCCCUCCACCAACCGCUCAGGCCCCGGCCAGAUGGCCCUCCUACCAGUCACCAACAUCAGAGCCAAGUCCUGGGGCCUGUCGGCCAAUGGUAUUGGCCACUCCAAGCAUCCAAAGAGCUCAGAGCCUCUGGCCAGCCCCGAAGUCCCCUUCCCCGGAGGGCAGGGCAAAGCCAAGAAUAGCCCCAGCCUUGGUCUCCACGGCCGGGCCCGCAGAGGGCUUCCCCAGCCCGGCCUGAGCCCUGCUCGGCCCACUCGGGCCCAGGGCCAGCCAGCCUCUCUCCUUGCAGACCCAGUGCCCUCCCUGACCUCCAUCCAGGUGCUGGAGAACUCAAUGCCCAUCACUUCCCAGUACUGCGCUCCAGAGGAUGCCUGCAGGCCUGGAAACUUCACCUACCACAUCCCUGUCAGCAGCGGCACCCCGCUGCACCUCAGCCUGACUCUGCAGAUGAACUCUUCGUCUCCCGUGUCUGUGGUGCUGUGCAGCCUGAUGUCAAAGGAGCAGCCGUGUGAGGAGAGGGACUUUCCACAGAGCCUGCACACCUACCAGGACACCCAGGGCACGUCCCACCAGUGGCCAGUGACCAUCCUGUCUUUCCGAGAAUUCACCUACCACUUCCGGGUGGCACUGCUGGGUCAGGCCAACUGCAGCGUGGAGGCCCCGGUCCUGCCGGCCACAGACUACUAUUUCCACUUCUACCGCCUGUGUGACUGAGCUGCCCUCCCCAAGGCAGCACCACACCACGGCCCGGGUCCCCGGGCGCCCCUUCCACACCGGACGCGGUGGUGUUACACUGGAGCCGCUGCCCGCCAGCUCUCUGCUCGCUGGCACCCCCUUGGAGAGACUGAACCGGGCCUGGCCCUCCCCACGACUGGUGAAACUGGAAGUCCUCACACUGGAGUUGCUGUCCCUGCCGGUCGCCCCUCCCACGUCGCGGAGGGAGCCAGAGGGACCUCCUGGG